AUGGCAACAGCAUACGGAAUUCACUUAGGUGAUAGUUCAGGAUGCUUAGCGGCGUUUACAAAUGGUACAGCUGCCGUUCUUGCCAAUGAUGCAGGCGACAGAGUCACACCUGCGAUUGUUGCCUUAAAUGGUGUAGAAUGGGAAAUAGGAUUGCCAGCGAAAUCAGGCCAAGCCUCCUCGAAAGCAAUAAUUAAAUAUAAUAAACGCCUCAUGAACUGUGAUUUUACAGAAGAUGAUGUAUCUUAUGUUGAAAGUGCUUCAUCUUGUCGAAUUCAAAAUGAUGAGAAAUUGGUAUAUGAAUUUGAAACAAGCGAAACAAAACUUUAUUCUAACCCAGAUAAUAUUGCUACAAAAAUAUAUUCAAAACUGUACACUAUUGCCAGUCACUCUGUUCAAAAUGAAGGAGAUUUAAAAUUGGUCUUAGCUGCUCCAUUACAUUGGUCCAAUGCAAGUAGGGAAAAAUUAGUGAGAUGUGCUGAAUUAGCGGGAUUUGAUGUCUUACAAGUCAUAAGUGAACCAGCAGCAGCACUAUUGGCUUAUAAUAUUGAAGAUUCACCAGAAGAUGUAAAUGUAUUAGUGUAUAGGCUAGGUGGUUCUACAUGUGAUGCAUCAGUUGUUAAAGUUACAGGUGGAUUUAUGUCAGUAGAAAAGAAUAUUUUCAGAGCAGAUCUAGGGGGUCAGUGCCUAACCAAAGAUUUGGCCGACUAUAUUGCUCAAGAGUUUAGGCAAAAAUGGAAACUUGACCCGCAAGAAAGUCGUAGAGCUAUGUCAAAACUGUUACACCAUGCUGACAACUGUAAACAUGUCCUUUCAACACUCAACUCUGCUCACGUUUUUAUUGAAUCCCUCCUAGACGGUGUUGAUUGGAGUCAAAAUGUCUCUCGCGCAAGGUUUGAGAAUAUUAUUUCUUCUAAAAUUUCUUCUUAUAUUGAACCUGCAAAACAAGUAAUAGAUAUUUUUGAAGGUAAAAUAAGCAAAAUAGUUCUUUGUGGUGGCAGUAUGAAAAUUCCAAAGUUACAAUCGGCUGUAGCAAAUUUGUUACCAGAAGCUGAAGUACUUUCAGGUAUUAAUCCAGAUGAAGUUAUUGCUGUUGGAUGUGCUAAACAAGCAGGAAUGAUGUUAGACUUAGCUGAACUUUCUUUGACAGAAACAAAUGCUGAGGUUGAAUUCCUAGGAAAAGACAUUUAUAUGAAAUAUUUAGAUCAAACUGUCAAAUUAUUUAAGGAAGGCACACCACCAUUUGCACAAAAUAUUUGUAACAUUGAGGCUGGUAAAGAUGUAAAAGACAUAAGUUUCACUUUACAUGAUGAUCCAGAAAAUGAUCAAUUUGCAAAAGAGACUUUUAAUGUCGAAAGUUUAAGCAAACCAUUCAAAUUAAAAGCUACACUUGAACAGUCAAAAAUAUUGUUGCAAGUUGAA